AGUGUGAAAGUUGCUCUCGCACAAGAAACACCCCUCGAGAGUGAUAUAAAAAUCAACCAACUGUUUCAGAUGCUUUCCCACAUAAUUUUCUGCACCAUAAAUUCAUAUUGAAUUCUAUCAUAAGUGAAAAUCCAUUGAGUGUUGUGAAGUGGGUGAGAAAAUAUUGACAAGAAAGAUUUCAUACGAUGUACUCAUCUUAUUUUAUUAAUUGAAGUAUUAUUAUUUGGGAAUGAGAACAACCUGAUGUAUUCACAACGUUUGACAAAAACUUUUUGAAGUUCAGUGAAACUGUCAAGAUAAAACAGAAACUCAACACAGCUUACAAGUCUCCUGGCACAAGAAUCCCACGAAUGACACACAAACAGAGACACAGUCUGGGAGAGGUGCAGGAGCGAGUGAUCCGGAGGCGGCUGUGGUAGUGGCACCUCCGGCCCCAGCAAGUGGAAUGCCGAGCACGCGUGGCUCCUCGCAAUGGCAGCCACGGACGAAGCCGUCAAUGGGGCCCGUGAGGAGGGCCUGUCCAGCAUCCGGAGCCACGUUCAAUGUCGAGGUCGGGCGGGCAAAAAUGACCUCCCGAUGCUUGUGGCAUGCAUGUCGCGCUCUUGCUUUGGGGAUUGUAUUAAUGCUUUUAGGCGCCGGAAUGGCAACAAUAGGAUACUAUGCAGAUCAUUUAUCAAUUGGCCAGGAGGUUCGUGGUAAUGCCACUAUUCGUGUCAGAAACGAAUCCAGAGGAUUUCAUCUCAAUAAUUUGUCAUAUGUUGGUCCAAUUGUCAUGGGAUUUGGUGGAUUCAUCGUCGUGGCUGCGUGCGUGAUGACUUUCGAGGCUCGCGAUUCGGCGGCAAAGGUAGUCCCAGCACGCUUCAAAAUGGGCGGGAGCGGUUCAAUGGGUGGCAGUCGGAGCAACGGCCGAAGUGCUUCAUCCUCACGACGCACUACAGGGGUGGUUCCGACACCCAGUGGUCCACCUUCUGUACAGAAUCGCUGGGAGCAGAAUAUGGGACUUUUCAGAACGGCUGGAAGUAGUGGCGAAAAAGCACCGAAUCGUCAGGCUUUAACAGCAGCUCUCAUUCACUUUUCUAAAACUUUGCGAUCGCCUGAAGUGUCUUCGCCAAAGAAGCCACGAAAAGUUAGUCGAAGUGGAAGUGUUCCAAACUUAGCUGAUCAUCAUCAUCACCGUCAUCAUCACCAUAGGUCUCCAAAGAGCAAGACAUCACAUCGACGUUCGCGCAACAGCAGCCUCGUUCAGCGUCCCACGCGGGAGUCUUCCGGUGAGCGCUUCCUACAUCCAGGAAUGCUUCAGUACCAUCGUCAAGCACUCUCUGUGGACGAUGGUAAACCCUAUGGUCGUCGUGAGAGUGGAUCUGAUUCUUACCAAGGUUCCCAGUCCUCAGUGGAUCGAACUAGAAGAUCAGAUACUGCCAAGAAGCAUGUUCUGGCUCGUCAGAAACCAAUUGAGAAGGAGGAAGGAUUUCAAAGUCCAAGAGUAGGAUAUACUUCCGGACGAAGAAGAAGCUCAACGACUUCAGAUGCUUCGGCAGCUUCUAGGCGUACCAUAGCUAGAAGAGCCUCCUCAACUUCUCGAACUCCCAGCAUGGAUUCUCGGAGUGUACACAGCCCAGAUAGGAGUCCACGGACUCCCCAUCGAGUGGUCGCCCAAAUAUCCACACCGUCAGUUGAGCGUGAUUUCCGGAGUCAAUUAUCGAUCUCAUCUGAACCGAUGAGGGUAUUGUCCUGUCAAUCGAGCAUUGAUCCAUGUGUUCCGGAGGAGAGUCCAGAUCAAGAGGAUAAGGACACAUUUCCCACGGAUCUAAGUGAUUCGUCGGAAAAACAGGGACAACUUCCUAGACCUGAUUCCCUCAUUCUAGAUUGCAAUCAGGAGCCAGUGAGGCAAAAGUUUCUCUAUCGCAGUAAAUCAUCGAAGAGUUUCAAGAGGCCCAAAGCCAAAGCGGCUGCCAAAGAGUUCCAUCAAAUCUAUUUCAUCAGCAGCACGGCUGAGGAUGGGUAUGAUUCCAUUGAAGUGAUUGACGAGCGUCGGAUGAAGAAUUUUGGCACUUCAAUCACAGUCAAUUCCAGCCAAGUAGAGAAAUUGCUGUAUAAUGAGUCCCUGCCCAAGGAGGCUGAGAUGGAAAAACUACUCACUGAUACGAAGCCAGAGUGCAACGAAGGAGAAACAUCAUCUACUUCCCAUGAAAGCAAUAUCAAUCCCAAUCAAAUUACCCUCACGAUUCAAGCUGAGAUUGAGCGUCAAGUCUGAAGUUAAAGUAUAAUCCAGAGAGUGACAAAGAUUGGUGUAUACGGUAAUGCCUAAUUUACAAAUUUAAAUUUCCCUCUUUUGCAACAAUUUUAUCCACAUCGAAAGGAAUGACAAUGGAGAAAACUUUUCUUCACCAGACAAAAUCACACUAUUAAUAAAGUUCCUCACAUUAUAAUUUAACAAAA